AUGGCGUGGAAACGACGAUUAUACCUUUCCCUAGCGCUCGCCCGGCUAUACUUCGCGCUCACACCAUCCUACAUCCACCCGGACGAACACUUCCAAGGACCCGAAGUAGUAGCAGGCGAACAUUUCGGGUGGAAAGUCACAAGGACAUGGGAGUUUACCACGGAAAAGCCAAUUCGGAGUUAUGUGCCGUUAUUGGCGGUAUAUGCGAUGCCGAUGACGUUGCUACAGUGGAUUGCGAAUGGCGAUCCGAGUCCUACGAUGUUGUUCUAUGCGGUUAGGUUGUUGUUUUAUUUCUUUUCGAUGGUUUAUGAGGACUGGGCGCUGUUAGAACUUGGGUCUGCGACGAUGCCGAAUGGAGGAUUGUUGCUUACGGCUAGCUCGUGGGUGACUUGGAGUAUUCAGACACGAUCGUUUUCGAAUUCAGUUGAGACGGUUAUUUUACUUUGGAGCUUGGUGUUUUUGAAGAGGAUUGUGGAAGCUAAGGCACCAUCGAUAAGGAACUGCGUCGUCCUAGGUCUCUUCACCGUCUUUGGAACGUUCAAUAGAAUUACAUUCCCUGCGUUUUUGAUACUACCCGGUUUAUCAUUACUCAAGCAUUUCUUCACUUAUCCAUCCUCACUUUUCGCCUUCACUCUCCCCGCCCUCCUCCUUAGCGCCGCCUUUAUUAUGCUCGACACGCAUAUCUACACCCAACUUCCCAUAAACUCAAUCGGCCUAUCGAAUUUAAUAAUCACACCACUAAACAACAUUGCAUAUAAUUCACAAACCGAGAAUCUAGCACAACAUGGAUUGCAUCCGUUUUAUACGCAUCUACUUGUCAACCUGCCACAACUCUUAGGACCCGCUAUUAUCCCGCUAUUAUCGUUGAUGUUAAAUCUCGGUGGUAACGACGGGAACGAAGACGAAUUAAGAGCAGAAGGAGGAAGAGGAAGAGGAGAAGUCAAAAAGAAUUCUCUGUGGGAGUAUAUCCCUCUACAAUCUGCGGUUUCCGGAAUAUUGAUAUUAUCAACGAUCAAACAUCAAGAAGCCAGGUUUUUGAUACCCACGGUUCCGUUGUUACUUUCUUCGAUAUCAUUACCUAAAGAAAAAGUGUGGAGAAGACGGUGGAUGGGUGCUUGGGCUGUUUUUAAUAUUAUUUUUGGAACAUUGAUGGGGGUAUACCACCAAGGCGGCGUCGUCCCGGCGCAGUUAUGGAUUGCAGGACAGCAAAACGUUGAGAAAGUGGUUUGGUGGAAGAUGUAUAAGCCACCUACUUGGUUGCUGGGUAGUAAUGGGAAGGAUAUCGAGACGGUAGAUUUAAUGGGUGGACCUAUAACAGGCGUUCUUGGAGAAAUAGAUGCAAUGGGGAAACAAGCGGGGUGUGAUAAAAGAAGUCUUUUAGUAGUACCGGGGAGUGCGAGAGGGGUCGAAGAAUUGGUGGAACAGAAAAGGAUAGCGAAGGUUUGGGGGUAUAGGAAGCAUUUGAAUCUUGAUGAUAUGGACUUUGGGGAUGAUGGGGUUGUGGAUACUUUACAAAGAGUUAUUGGGAAGAGAGGGAUUGUGGUUUACGAGGUUGUGAAGCCUGGAUGUGGGUUAGUGGUUAGUGAGGUAUCGAAAGGAGAGGAAGUGGAUUCGAAGAGAGGGUCUGGUAAUGAUAGAGAGCUGUGA